AUGAUUGAUGGUUUGUGUUGUGUAUUAGUCAUUCUAGGACUUACUGGAAAUAUUUUGGGACUUUUCAUAUUUUCUUCAUGUCGUCGAACUUGGCGAAUAUCAUCGGUCUAUGUUUGUUUGGCAACUUCUAGUUCAAUAACAAAUCUUCUUUGUGUCAUACGAUAUGCUUUUGUUCUACAUUCAAAAUUACGAAAUAUUCUAUAUGAUUUAGUCGGAGAAAAAUGGUGGGCUUGUAAAAUUUAUGAAUUUUCAUUUUCUUUUCGAAUUAUUUCAUCAUGGAUAACAUUAUUCUGGAUGUUUGAACGUUUAUUAUGUGUUUCAAUAAGAUUACAAACAUUUUUCCAUCGAUGGAAUUCAUUAAAAUUAAAGUUUAUUAUAUCAAUGAGCAUUGUUAUAAUCAUUCUUGUUUGUGUUAUUGGACCUCCUCUUUAUAUGUUUCAACCACAAAUACUUGAGUACGUAAGCAUUAAAUGUCUUCUGUGA